GAUGUACCCCAGGUUUGUGUACUGCCGAGACAUGUCCCUCAAGGCAUGCAGGCGUAUGCUUUGAGCAUUACCGACGCGGCCAUAUUCCACCACAGCUUGGUAAAUAAAUGGGGUUUUAUCUUCGACGUGGCUCGACGUACUUGUCUCGCGUUGCAUCGCCAUGGCCUCUUCUCCAAUACAACCUCUAAGUACCAUCAAACUUCGUGGCCACCGUAGACGCCGGAUUGCCCAGGCACUUUUACAGCUGCAUCGUAAAUUCCUAUCGCUGCCACCCCCUUGGCCAAAAUCAGAUCCUAUCAGAGUCAUCUGCAUUUCCGACACCCACAACAAGCGUCCCGAGCUGCCUCCGGGGGACCUCCUCAUCCACGCCGGAGACCUUACCGAGAACGGAUCCUUUGACGAGGUGCAAGCCAACCUAACAUGGCUGUCAUCACAACCACACCAGUACAAGGUCCUGGUUGCCGGGAACCACGACGUCCUGCUCGACGAGGCGUUCCUCUCCAAAUACCCCGAGCGCCGCUACGGCCAGACGAGGACGAAGGACGACCUGGACUGGGGCGGCGUCAUCUACCUGGAGGACUCCUCCAUCACGCUGAAGUUUGCGCCACACCAGCCACAAACCAGACAGAACGGUCUACGGCCCAAGGACCGGGAAUUAACCAUCUUCGGCAGCCCGUGGACGCCCCAGUACGGCGUCUCGGCGUUCCAGUACCGGUCGGACUCCCAAGACCACUGGGCCGAGAGGUUCGCAGCUGUCGGCGCCAAGCCCGAUAUCGUGGUCACGCAUGGGCCGCCGCGCCUCCACCUGGACGCCCGCGACUUCCACAGGGCGGGGUGUCCGUACCUGGCCGGGGAGGUGGCGAGGGUGCGGCCGAUGCUCCAUGUCUUUGGGCAUAUCCAUGCGUCGUAUGGACGCGAGGACGUCGUCUUGGAUGGCGUGCAGAGGGGUUAUGAGGAGGUGGUCACGGGGUGGGCGGGCUGGGGGACGGUGGUUUGGAUGGCGGUGUUGAUGGUGGGGGCGGUGGUUAGGUGGUUGGUUUGCGGGAUGGGGGAGGUCGGUGUUACUACCUUUGUGAAUGCCUCUUUCGUGGGGGGGCGAGAGAAUGAGCCAAGGAAUGCGCCGAUUGUGGUGGAGUUGUGA